AUGAUUGGCAGUGGUUCCUGCGGCUAUGGCUACCUGUGGAAGGACGAGCCCCUUGGCUGGGAUGUUGCCGCGGCUACUGAUUUCAUGGACGGCUAUGAAGACAACCACUUUGAUGUGUCUGUCUGGGCUUGGGAAAAGCUGGCUGACAAGAAGUGGGGCGUGAUCGGCGGCCGCCCCACACGCGAUUGGCCCGAGUAUUCUGGCGAGCCUGAUGUGCUCAGGGUGUUUGACAACGGCGUGGCCCCCUACUGGUGGGUGGAGCAGUGGAACGCCUGGGUGCAGCCGCAGAGCGAUGCCAUGCAGUCUGGCAUGAGGAAGGGCCAGGGCUUCUGUGCCAAGAUCUCCCAGUCGGGUGGCAUCAGAUUCAAGACCAAUCCAGGCGCCUUCCAGAACAAGUACAAGAUCAAUUUCUGGGUGUAUGUGGGCGUCACCGGUUGGGAGGGCACCGCCGCCAAGAUCCCCGACAUCUGGAUCAGGAUCGGCGGCGACAAGGGCGCCUGCAACCUGGUGCGUGUUCACGACUCCAGCCCCAACGCGUUCGAGCCCAUGUGCCAGUACUGCGCCGACUACUACUGGCGCUGGACCCACUACCUGCCCUGGUACGGCGGCGCGUCCACCAGCCAGAUCUACAACAGCGGCGACUCGUUCAAGGGCUGCGGCGGCAACGGCGUGUGGGACCUGGACUACAUCGAGUUCGUGGCCCCCUACAACUGGGGCGGCGACCGCUGGCUCUGCAUCGACAACAUCCAGCUCGUCUGA